GUCGAACCAAGCGGAGUGUCAAUGGCGGGAACACCAAAGUCGCGGGGGGUCCUUUGAUGAGGUAUGGAGCGCGAUGCCAUCGGGGUUUGCUGGCCGACUAUUUAGCUGUUUGGACCGAUGCGACCAACUGCACUUGAUGCAAACCAGUACUCGCGUUGCCAUCGAUUCCAAGCGAGACGAGUUGUGGGAAUUGGUGGCGUUGGAGCGCUUUCGAUUACGUUCUGGAGACCAACACAGCGCUGGGUGGUGGCACGUGUGCGCUCGACUGUACUACGCUCUGGACGACUCGACGGCGCUGUGCACGUAUGUACAGCAACAAAAUGCAUUCAGCUUGGGCUACAUCAACCGAGACAUCAAAGAGCGCAUCCAGCACCAGCUUUUAUCCAUGGUCGAGUUGACAGCGAACGGCCGCGAUGUUGGCAGUCGGAGGCAAUUGCUGGACCUUCACGUCAUCAAGUGCUUGCUUCGACUCCUGAGCUCAAACAUUAUGGGCAUUUGCGAUUUGGUGUGCGGGGCGUUGGCAAAUCUCAUUUGCAUUCAAGACAAUCCACAUAUUUCCUCGUGUCUUGGGAACGACAACGCUGACAACCUGAAGCUUCAAAUGCGCCAACUCGUGGAGCAAAGUCGAGGAGAUCGUGCUCUUAGGGACAUGCUGUUGUCCCCUCAAGUGUGCGAAAGUGGUCCCGGGCCCACGAAACAUGCAGCCAGGGUGCUCUUGAACCUGGCGUUCCAUAACGACCAAGUGCUUUGCCACGUUGUGGACAUUUGGGAAGGUUACAUUUCAUCCAAACCAUCGCAUCUCACCAUCGACAACGACUUGUGCUUUCAGCAACCUCAAGGAUCCACAUCCAAGUGGCACAUUAUGUAUCGCCAUGGCAGUGGCAGGGCGUACCUCGAUACCACCACCGUAGACUUGACCUUGUCCAAGCGCGGCGACACCAUGCAAGGCACGGGGUCCACGGCCAAGCCACAAGCGUCGUUAACGCUCCACGGGCAAAUGCACUCUCGACCAGGCAUCCACAACUGCGAAUUUCACAUUGCAUUUGACAACCGAGGCAGGCCAUAUGGGCCAUUGCCGAUUGCGCACAUAGGAUAUUGGUCGUCGAUGCACGCGGACAAGAUGUGGGGUGUGUGGGAAGUGGCCUCGUCCCCCGAUCAAUUCAAAUUGGGCACUGGCGGCGUCUUCCUCAUGAAAAAGGUGUCGUUGUGAUUGCAAUUCACACGAACUUGACACUAUUUGAGUGGUGGAACACGCAUAACCAAGGUGAAGUUAUGCAUAGACCCUUGGAGGCAAAUGUGUCGUGAUUUCUUACAUAUUAUUGGGGAGAUUAGUUAAUAUGUGUCGGAGUUG